AUGGAUCUCAAGGAUACCACCAGUGAAGGCAGCCUGCAGCCGUCCAGCAUCCAGAUCUUUGCCAACACGUCCACCCUCCAUGGCAUCCGGCACAUCUUUGUGUAUGGGCCCCUGACCAUCCGCCGCGUGCUGUGGGCUUUGGCUUUCAUGGGCUCGCUGGGCCUGCUGCUGGUGGAAAGCUCGGAGCGCAUCUCCUUCUACUUAACCUACCAGCAUGUCACCAAGGUGGACGAAGUAGUUGCCCACAGCCUGGCCUUCCCCGCCGUGACAUUCUGCAAUCUCAAUGGCUUCCGGUUCUCCCGCCUCACCACCAAUGACCUGUACCACGCUGGAGAGCUUCUGGCCCUGCUCGACGUCAACUUGGAUAUCCCCAAUCCACACCUGGCUGACCCCAGCGUCCUGGAGGCCCUACGGGAGAAGGCCAACUUCAAGCACUACAAACCCAAGGUCUUCAGCAUGAGAGAGUUCUUGGAGCGUGUUGGCCAUGACCUGAAGGAUAUGAUGCUCUACUGUAAGUUCAAAGGACAGGAGUGUGACCACCAGGACUUCACCACCGUGAGUAACUUGGUUUUCGGUUCUCUUUGGGGCUUUCCGUUCUUGGCCAUGAAGGGUUCUUGGGGAGCUCUGAUGACUUGGUUUUGA